AUGCCAUCAUCUGUUCCAAACUAUCCUCCGUAUUAUGGAUCGGUGAUGCCAAAUUUAUCUCAAAGGCCUCCUAUUUCUUCAGCUUCAAUGGGUAAUGAUGUUGUACCAAAUAUUGGAACAACCGAAUUUUCAGAAUUUUCUACACAAAUAGGUCUUGGUGUCACGAGCUCUGUCAAUGAAGACACUCGAAAGGAAAAUGAAGAAGAUUCAACUCAUGCUCGCCGCAAAAGCCCGAAAUGGACCACUGAUCAAAAUUUGGUGCUAAUUAGUGGUUGGAUUAAGUAUGGAACUGAUAGUGUUGUUGGCAGGAACCAAAAAAGUGAAGCAUAUUGGGGAAAAAUUGCUGAGUACUGUAAUGAGCAUUGCUCAUUUAAUCCUCCACGAGAUGGAGCUUCGUGCAGAAACCAUUACAACUAUAUGAGCAAAAAGUUGAGCAAAUGGGUUGGCGCGUACGAUAAUGCUACGCGUAUGCAACAAAGUGGGUGGUCGGAGAAUGAUGUCCUAUCAAAAGCGCAUGAAAUAUAUUCAGGUGGGUUGCCACGUGUCUGUGGGAUCCACGAACAGCGCAUAAAACCCAAAGUAAGCGGUUUUCAUUUCACGCUUUUGGUGACCGAUUUUAAGGAAAUUUGUGAGGCCUAG